AUGAAAAGAAUCGUCUCCUCUUCGGUUGUUUGCAAAUGUGUUGCUUUGGCUAAUGCUCCUCGCGGUCGCUCUUCGGCUUCUGCUGCUAUUGCCAUGAUGAAUUCUACAACAACAACAACCUCUUCAACCACCACCUCUUCUCAUCGUUUAUUUCAUCAUCAAUCCCGUGCGAUGGAAGAAGUAAAACAAAGUGCAAAUAUUGAUUUUAGUAACAAGAGUGUUUCUGAUUUUAUUAACGAGUUGAAUGCGAUGAAAGUUGAGCCAAUGGAAAAGAGAACAGCCGAUAAAACUAGAGAACAAUUGUACUAUCUCUAUUCCGUUGAAAAUCACAUUCAAAAGGAAAUCGAAACCUUUCAACAACAAAUUGAUGGAAUUUUGAAUGAAUCUACCACGCAAGCCUCCUUCAAUGAAGAUGCCUUGGUUUCUCUUAAAUCACGCUUCUCUCUUCUCUUAAAGUGGGUCCUUGCCAUUCAGCAACUCACCCUCGACAAUGGCCUUUACAGAUUGGUUCAGCCUUUACUCAUCGGAGAGAAAGCAGACAAAUUCUUACAAGUCUUGUUGGAGGAGCCUCAUGUCGGAAAGUCUCACUUUCCAAUUUAUUACUCUCUUACUGUGCUAAAGGCCAAAGUUAGAGCAAGUAUUGCAUUGGGAGAUUAUGAAACUGCCCGAGUUGCAUGUGAACAAUUGCUGACAAAGAUUUCUCAAGUGAGAACAUUCUAUGCAAAGAGACGUCAGGAAGUUGAAAAAGAAGAAAGAGAAGCAGAAACAAUUGGUAUCACUGUAGAGCAAUAUAGAAAAAAUCAAAGACAAUUAAAGGCAAAAGAUUCUGUGGAGGAGGUUGUGAAUAAGAUUUAUGAGUUGCAACAAGAACAAGAUAUUACGUUCCCUUCCUCUCAAAAAGCUCCAGAUUUUGAUAUAUAUUUUGGUAUUGAACCUAUCACUGCAAACAUUGAAUCCCAAUUGGAAAGAAUGGAGGUUGAAACUCAAAUUACUAAUGUUCAAGUACUUUUUUAUAUUGCCAUGAAGAAUGAAGGAUCUGCAAAUUCUAUUCUUGCCUGGUUGGACAGCAAGCUUCGAGAUGCUAAAUUGUUGGGUACAUUCUCAAACGUAAUUUUCAAAGUUUCAAAAGCAUCGAUUUUAGCUAUUCAAGGAGAUCAGAAGGAGGAAGCAAUCAAGAUCUUUGCUGAGGCACUCCAACAAAUGACCAAGUCAUAUGCUGACAUUUCAAAAGAUCUUCAACAAUUAUCUACCGUAGCACUCAAUUUAUUGCUCUACUCAACUAAGAAGCGUAAUCCAGCUGUAGAUAUCCAUGCCUACAUGAAGAUGACCAAAGCAGAUAACACAGAAACAAGUCCUCAAGUUAAAGACUUUGUUCGUCUUGUCUUGAUUGAUCUCUUUACUUCAAGAGGUCAACUUGAGGCUGCUUUAAAUUAUAUCUCACAAGCCAAAGAGAUACACUUCAAUAAUGGAUACUUCUCUCCUGUAUAUGCCUCCUUGCUGAGAAGAGAAGCUGAAGUGUUAAUUUUGAGUGAACAGGCUGCACCCAAUGAAAUUAUUUCUCUAUUGGAAAAUGCUAUUGAUUUACGUGUGGAACAAUAUGGACCUAAUGAUAGAUAUUUACCAAUCUUUUAUGACUUGUUGGUCUAUUAUUGUCAACAAAACAAACUUGAUCAUGAAAAGUUGACAGAAUUCUCGUCAAAGUUGAGCAAAGUCAACAUUCCAGUUUUAAAGAGAGAGGAAAUUUUCUGGAUGAAAGUAGAUCUUGCUGAAAGAAAUAUUUAA